GUGCGUAUAUGUCCUCCAAGCUCGAUUUAGCGCACGGCCAUAUUAAAUCUCUACUCUAGACGGAAGAGACAAAAGCCACAGCAACAAAGAAUUUCCCAAGAAGCGUUCGAAGAAUUAAUCACGUCUUUGAAGAUUCAAAUCCUUCAAAAUUCGGAGGUGUUCCAGAUAUUCUUCCACUAAGUGUUCAGGAACUGUGAGGAAAAAACGAGACAUCGCGAAGCCAAGAGUGGAAACACUUAAUAGACUCUUAACGUUUUUUUGGACUUGCAAUCCUGCAUUGACUACCUUUUGAAAUCCCUCAGUUUGGAGAUUUUCAGCAGGUUAAAGAGGAGCAAGUAACACUGAGCAAAGUUUGAAAUUCUCCAUGACGAAGAGAAUACAGGAGUUUUAAAAGCACAUUAAGAACCUUUAGCUGAGCCUUGUGCUUUUGAAUGUAAAUACUUUAUAUUUUUUGAUACCAAAAGGAAUACAGAGGGUACUACAGGAUUUCUGCAAUCCAGCCAUUAAAAAAAAAUAAUAAUUAGAAAAAAAAACAUAAGUGAAUACUUUGUACAUUUUCAGGGAUAACAUAAAAAGUGACUUUUGAAAAGCAUUAAUAGAUUUUUUCGCAAACUUGCAUUUUUGAAAAUCCUUGUGCAAGACUUAAAUUUUACAAGUUACCUGUUUGCUAGUUAUUUUGUACGUUGGCUAUAGGCUUGUGAGAUAUUUAUUCAUAUAAAUAUAAUUUUCUCCUAUUUUGGGAGAGCUUAUUAUAAAAAAAUUAUACGCCAGGCACUCUUCUUUUUAAGAGGUCUGUACGUACCAGAAACUGUUUACACAAAAGCGCAGUGAGCGUAACCGUAAAACAGUUUUACAAAUAGCUGAAAAGUAGCAAAAAAAAAAAAGCAAAAAGAUUAAUUUGUUUGAAACCGUUGAGGGGGAAAAAUCUGACCAUGGCUACAGCGAGAACAGAGAUCCCUGCUUCAGUCAUGCCAAUGAGCAAACAGAAUGGACAGUCCAAGCCCAUGAACCUCCAGUCAGGAUCACUUACUUCAUCACAGUCAGGAAAAACACCUGGGAUGUCCCAGAAAGGAAGCAGUAUACCCCAAAGCAGUGGCGGUAUCAGGUUUGGUGAUGACUGGAAGAAGUGCCUGCAGCUUCCACCGAAAGACAUGAGAAUGAAAACCACAGAUGUGACUGCAACCAAAGGAAAUGAGUUUGAAGAUUACUGCCUUAAGAGGGAACUGCUGAUGGGCAUCUUCGAAAUGGGCUGGGAGAAGCCUUCCCCUAUCCAGGAGGAGAGUAUUCCUAUUGUCUUGUCAGGGAGGGACAUACUCGCCCGAGCUAAAAAUGGCACGGGUAAAAGCGGAGCCUACCUCAUCCCCCUCUUGGAAAGGAUUGACCUGAAGAAGGAUUAUGUUCAAGCCAUAGUUUUGGUACCAACUCGUGAGUUGGCUCUGCAGGUGAGCCAGAUAAGUAUCAACAUGAGCAAGCACCUUGGUGGCGUCAAGGUCAUGGCUACGACAGGUGGAACUAGCCUGCGGGAUGAUAUUAUGCGUCUUGAUGAGACUGUACAUGUUAUAAUAGCUACCCCAGGAAGGAUCCUUGACUUGAUAAAGAAAGGUGUGGCUAAGGUUGACAAAGCUCAAAUGAUUGUGAUGGAUGAGGCUGAUAAAUUGCUUUCUCAAGACUUUGUGGUGAUCAUUGAGGACAUCAUCAGUUUCCUGCCCAAAAACCGCCAGGUUUUGCUCUAUUCUGCCACUUUCCCCAUCAGUGUGCAGAAGUUCAUGUCCAAACACCUUCAGAAGCCAUAUGAAAUCAAUCUGAUGGAUGAGCUGACACUGAAAGGCAUCACUCAGUACUAUGCUUAUGUGACAGAAAGACAGAAAGUGCACUGUCUCAACACACUGUUCUCCAGGCUCCAAAUCAACCAGUCAAUCAUCUUCUGUAACUCCACCCAAAGGGUGGAACUCCUUGCCAAGAAGAUCACACAACUUGGCUAUUCCUGCUUUUAUAUCCAUGCCAAGAUGAUGCAGGAAUACAGAAAUCGUGUGUUCCAUGACUUCAGAAACGGACUGUGUAGGAACCUGGUCUGCACUGAUCUUUUCACAAGAGGAAUUGACAUCCAGGCUGUCAAUGUAGUAAUCAACUUUGACUUCCCCAAAAAUGCAGAGACAUAUCUGCACCGCAUUGGUCGAUCAGGUAGAUACGGUCAUCUGGGCCUGGCCAUUAACCUGAUCACCUCAGAAGAUCGUUUUAACCUAAAGGGCAUUGAGGACCAGCUGAUGACUGACAUAAAGCCCAUACCCAGCAGCAUUGACAAGAACCUGUAUGUGGCAGAGUUUCACUCCAUGAACCCUGAUGAAGAAGAGGCUGCUCACAAAGCAGGCGAGCUUAAUUAACCCUUACUGGAGAAUAAAGGGACCAAUGCUUGGCAUUCUGCACAAUUUCUACUGAAGACGGACGCAAAGAUAACAUGUUUUCUUUUGUUUAUUGUAGUUUUUCUCACCAACUGCUUCAGGGGUCUGGAACUGCCAUGGUAAAAUGUGAUCAGCUGCCACAGGUUUAGGGGCCAGUAUAAAGUCAUUAGGUUUUGUUGGUCUUGAUAGAAUACCUGAAGCAGCCUACACUUUUAUCCAUUUGGAGCACAAUAAGCCACUGUUCUUUAGA